UUCCAUUUAUGACUUACUUAACGUUUGGUAAAGAGCGAAAUCGUUCAAUGCUGUUUCCAGAUUACUUCGUCUUUGCUGACAAACGUUUGGUAAACCAUAUAAUCGAAACUAAAUACGUCAAAGACUUGGAUCACUGUGAGCUUUUCUGCUACAUGAACGACAACUGUGUCAGUGCUAACUUCAAAAAAGAGCCAGAGACUGGAGGAACGGCGUAUGUUUGUGAAUUAAAUAACGCAACUCAUCUUGAAUAUGAUACUGACCUGUCGACUAAUGCCGUUUUUCUUUAUCGGGGUUCAAAGAACGUCUGCGGUAAAAACCUUCCGUGUCAAAAUAAUGCAACUUGUCAGUCCGGUUUCACAAUCAAGGGAUAUCGAUGCUUGUGCCCUCCUGGAUUCGAAGGAGAACAUUGCGAAAAAGAUAUUGAUGAAUGCCAAAAAAAUACUCACGAUUGUCACUUGAACGCUACUUGCCAAAACACAAAUGGAUCCUUUGUGUGCACCUGUUCAUUUGGAUUUAACGGAGAUGGACGGAACUGCACAGAUAUUGACGAAUGUGCAAGAAAUCUUUCUUGUCAUGUGAAUGCUAACUGUACCAACACCAUUGGAUCACAUGUAUGUACAUGCCACACUGGAUACACUGGAGAUGGACAAACUUGCUCAGGUGAUAUUAAUAAGUUUCCUUCAAUCCCAGCUAUUCAAAGCGGGGAGUACUCUAAAACGUCCUUUGAACUCAAAUUAUGGUGCCGGAAGUAG